AUGGCUUCUUCACACCUUCAAGACACACACAACCACCCCACAACAUGUUGCUCUAACAUGAUUAAAUCAGGAGCCUCUCCUGAUCUUCGCCCCAUCGUCAUAUGUGGGCUUCGGAGAAAUGACAAAUAUACCAUGUAUCAGAACCUCGUUGAGUUUCAUGAGGACAAAUUCACACGGCCUCCUAAUCAUACGACAAGAUGGCCAGCCCCUUGGGAAAUCGAUGCUGGCUCAGAAAUUUUUGUCUGUCGGGGUGACUUCUUGAAUCUGCUCCAUGGCAACAGGUUCUUCCACUGGCAGUACUUUGAAGGAAAUCAUUACGGUACGAGCAUGGACACCGUUGCCAGUCUGCAAAAACAAGGCAUGGUAUCGAUUUUCGAAACCGAUCUUACAGGACACUCGUUAACCACGAAGUACCAAUGCCUCAAUCCGCGCUACGUUUUCAUCCGACCUCCAAACGCUGAGUACUUGAGGUCCUCCCCCGUCACCCGCGGCAUGGACGAAGACAGUCUUCAAUACGUAAUAUCCUACACCGAGAAGGAUUUGGAUACUGCUGAAGAAUCUGGUAUCUUUGAUCUUGUCAUCAUUAAUGAUGAUCCGGACAAAGCUUUCCAGAAGUUGGAAGCGUUUGCACUUGGACUUUAA